AGCCUGGUUGGAGGGACGGCGUGGCGGGCGGGUGGGAGGCUGGUCGCCUGAGCCCACAGCUUCCGGCGGCCAGACUCACGUUCUGCUGGUCGCUCUGAGGAGUGACGCGGAGGGGUCUCCGAGCGGCUCCUCCGGGCUCAGGUCCUGAGUGUCUAUAGAAGCUGAGGUCCAUCAAUCUCCAUUCUUCAAAAUGCAAUGGAAUGUACCAAAGACUGUAUUCCGACUGGCACAUAGGACGUGCAUGGAACCACAUAAAGCCGGUCUUUUGGGACACUGUCAAAACAUAAAGGGACCAUUACUUUUGUAUACCUUGGAAUCCAGAGUGGUUGUGGUACAAGGCCCUCAGAAACAGUGGCUGCACUUACCCACUGCCCAGUGUGCUGCAAAGGAAAGGAAGCCAUUCACUGCUGUUCAGUCCCAACCAGGGGUCUUUCACCAUAAACAGUGGGAACAGGAUAUCUUAUCCAAGAGAGUUCUGUCAUCCAGUGCCACGUCCUCAGGACCUCCCUCCGAAAAAAAGGAAGAACCUGAUCCAUUACAAGACAGAUCUAUUAGUCUUUAUCAACGAUUUAAGAAAACAUUUAGACAAUAUGGAAAAGUUUUGAUUCCAGUGCAUCUAAUAACCUCCGCUGUUUGGUUUGGAACAUUUUACUAUGCAGCCAUGAAAGGAGUGAAUGUCGUUCCUUUUCUAGAACUUAUUGGGUUACCUGACAGUAUAGUGAACAUUCUGAAAAAUUCCCAGAGUGGAAAUGCACUAACAGCAUAUGCCCUGUUUAAGAUUGCAACGCCUGCGCGGUACACUGUAACUCUGGGGGGGACCUCCUUCACUGUGAAGUAUCUGCGUAGCCGGGGCUACAUGUCGACACCACCCCCCGUGAAGGAGUACCUGCAAGACAAGAUGGAGGAAACCAAGGAGCUCCUCACAGAGAAGAUGGAAGAGACAAAGGACAGACUCACUGAAAAACUGCAAGAAACCAAAGGAAAGGUUUCUCUUAAGAAAAAAGUGGAAUAGGGUGCCUUAUAUACCAGGUUUUAGACAGUUCUUGCACUUGAACCUUUGGAGACUAUGGACAAAGGUACAUGCUCUUGAUUUUUUUUUUUUGUUGUUAGCAGCCUAAAUAUAGCAGUUCUCUUGAAUUAAAGAACUGAGAUAACUUUAAACAUUACUAGAGAAAAAAUGAACCCAGUAAAAGAAUUUCAUGGCAGUAGCAGCAUUAAGCAGUGGUCCAUGUCUUCAGUCAUCCUUGCUUUGGACUUAGUUGCAGCUGCUGACUCCUUGAAUAGCUGGUGUGGCUAUAAGCAGAUUUAACACUGGAUCUUCAUCUUUAUUAUUCACUGAGGCUUUAACUGUGUUCAGUUCUCAAUGUGGAGACAAAGGAUUAUCAUCAGAACUGCCUGUGAAUAAGAGGAUAUGUAGUCCUUCUGUGAAGACUAUAUAAUGGUUACAUACCAGUUAAAAUGUAGACUUCAAAUGAAGAAAACUGAAUGAAAAUUGAGUCAUAUAUAUGUAAAUAAGAUGUAUGGUUACAUGUAAAUGAAAAAUCGACCCUUUAAAAAUGACUUUUACCUGAAGCUUGUCAUAAUCAAAUUUUUAAGCAAAUCUGUGUGGCCAUAGCACUUUGUCACCCAGCACAUAAAACUGUUGUUAUUCCUACAUCAUGUCCUCUCCAGCUGAUCUCUCAGAGGAAAAGAGGAAUCAUUAUACCUGAAGUUUAUAGUGGGGAUCAAAUGCCCACAGCAGGGCCUGGAGCUUGUGUUCUCAGCAGUGCAGUUCUGGGAGGGUGGGACCUUCAUGUCCCUGCCAUCUGGUCUCCACCUGCCAGAGUCCAGCUUGAUUCCAUCAUGGAGUACCAUUUAAGAUUAUAAAUGCUGUUUGCUCCUUGCAUUGAAACAUUCUUACUUGAAUAUUUUACUUAAUUUUUUUUAAAUAGCAAAGCUAUCAUUAAAACCAGCUUGAAAUGAAA